GUCGUGGCAGUAUCUACCCGAUUGUGUUACUUUGCACCAACAAUCGAAUAGAGGAAGACGAAUAAGCAGGAAGUAGGAAGCAGAAGGCAGUAUCUGUGCAUCAUAUUAUAUAUAUUAUUAUAUAUAUCAGCUGUAACAAACCAAAGUGGUCAAAGUGACGAUGGCCACUUUCUUUGGAGAGGUUCUGUCGGUGAGCUCGCGGGCUGUGGAUGAAGAUGAGGAAGAUGAAAACGACGAAGAUGAAGAGAUCCUCAAAGAGCUAGACGAAACGAGGGAGGUGCAUUUGGAGUGGUAUCAGUCAAACAGUAAUUUGAUGACGGAUACAAACUUAAUCAUAGCAGUUGGCAGGAAUGCUGCAAGUUUUCUGUCUGUGUAUGUGCUCACCUCGGCAACCUGGGAGGCAGUGGGGCAUGCUUCAGUUUCCAAUGCGGGGAGUCAAACUAUCUGUGGACAAACGAGCACCGAUCCAGCAUGCGUCUUCUACAGAAAGAAAGACAACCGUGCAGUGAUCCUAUGUCAGAUCAGCGGCUACAUAGAAGAAGACCAGCAGUUUCAGUGGACUGAAAAGGUGUUGGGCGGUUUCAAGCAGAAGGGACUGAGCGUGACCGUGCUGUCGGACAGCCCUGUGGCCGAGUACAAAAACAUGGACCAUGCUAGUAGCAGCUCCUCCCCCUUCCUGCUUUGUCUCCAGACCAAGUCCUCUACAACAAACCCUCAAUGUCCUCUUCUUGAGCAGCCGAAUAUAUUCACUGGAAUCCAAGCGGCAGUGCUCAGCCAUUGCCAGGUAAACCAAAUACCUGCGGUUGCCUACCAGUGCUACAGCGAUGCCAUCAGCCCUGACUCAAUCACCAUGGAUACCUACAAACUUGCCUUCACUAGUGUUGGGGAUAUCAAGGUUGGCCCGCUGCCCAGUGCUGACAUAAUCAACAAGUUUAUCAAAACAAAUCAUAUCCAGAGUAAUCUUUACAUCUGACUUGUUUUUUGUUUUAAUGAAAUGGACAUGAAAGCAACUGUUGUAACUGACAAAACACAAUUACUUAAAGUAAAAACUAUUCUUGUUAUUUUUACUGAACAGUUUUCUUUAGUUCCAUAUUCUUUUAUUUUUAUUUUUUACGUCAUGGCCUCAAUUUAUAAAUAAACAUUACAAAUAAACUCGUUUUUAAUCCUUCAUUGA